GACCCUCAGGCCCGCCAUGAUUUUAUUCAGGGCAUAAUGGAGACACCAGCUCAUAGUGCUGAAAACGCAUGAGGUUUAUUUUAUAAUUUAUUAUGAUUUUGUGUUUUGGAGGUAUUUGUGCUAUGUUGAUUCCCAUUACGUAAGCGUGGCGAAUAAUUAUCUAACAAAGUAAAUUGAACACGGUUUGUUUUUAACUGAAGAGGCGAACGGUUAGUGCAUAAUAUUAAAUACAACAACAACAACAACCUAUUGCACACAAUCACUCCUUCAUUCAAAAAGCAAAAGAAUUUCUUUCCCACCCAGACUGCUUGUCGUCGGCUGUUCCGGGAUACACCGUUGCUCGUCUCUGUCGUCUGGUUUGAAAGAAUGGGGAAUUUGUGAGAGCUGCAAAAGAGGACCAGAAAAAAAUUAAAAAAGAGAAGAAAGCCAGCGAGCAAAAGCCCCCGACUUGUUUGAAUGUGGGAUCCGGGAGCAUGCGAGGGAGAGACAGUGGGAGCCGAAUUAGCUGAAGCUGGCCGUGGGGAUGUCAUCGAGUAAAGGACUGGGUGGGGCCAGGCGGCGCAGGACUCGCUGCCGGAAAUGUGAUGCCUGUAUGCGCACUGAGUGUGGAGAGUGCCACUUCUGCAAAGACAUGAAGAAAUUUGGUGGACCUGGGCGCAUGAAGCAAUCCUGCUUAAAGAGACAGUGCACUGCACCUGUGCUACCUCACACAGCAGUGUGUCUAUCCUGUGGUGAAGCAGGGAAAGAAGAUACGGUGGAGGAUGAGGAAGAGAAGUUCAACCUGUCCUUAAUGGAGUGUACCAUCUGUAAUGAGAUUGUUCACCCUGGUUGCCUUAAGAUGAGCAAGUCAGAAGGAAUAAUCAAUGAUGAGAUUCCUAAUUGCUGGGAGUGUCCAAAGUGCAACAAGGAGGGAAAGGCUAGCAAGGAUCAAGGUGAUGGCACAGGUAAACGACGCAUUGAUAAUGGAGAAGUUGGAGGACGCUGGAAACUUACAGAUGAUCCACCUCCAAGCAAAAAAAAAUCAUCUGUUGAGGAGGGUGGUCAUGGUGGACAUAAGCGCAAAAAAGAGAAAGAAGUGCCACAGGACACUGGACCCAAAAAAAAGAAGCAAAAGACUCCUCCCACAGUUGAGACCCCUGUUGCUCAAAACCAACAGAAUCAGAAUCCGCAGCAACCAGAUCACCGUUCCCACCAACGAGAGAAGCUGGAACGGUUCAAACGCAUGUGCCAGAUGUUGGAACGGGUCCAGAAUUCCAGCUCAAGUUCUAGCUCUAGUUCAGAUUCUGACUCUGAGUCUGAUUCACAAGGAUCAGAAAGGGGGGGAUCUAGUCCUCCUUCACCACCACCUGCUGUCGGUGGUCGAACUACACGAGAUAAAGAACGUGAACGGCGCCUAGCAGAAUUGGGUUUUAGUGCAAGUGAUGAUAGUGAUGAGGAUGAAGAAAAUGAAGAGGAAGAGGAUGGGGAAGAUGAGGAGGAGGAUGAGCAAGGACAGAAAGACAAUUCUUCUACUCAGCAACAGAGAAAUGGUUCAGAAACUCGCAAUGGACGAACAAGAGCCAGUGGAUGUAAUCGUGGAAAUUGUAAUCAGGAAAAGGAAAAUAAUCAUCGCCGGAGCAGUAGUAAUAAAAUGCCUGGGAUUAAUCGUAAAGUUGCUGGACGCUCUCCAUCAACACAAUCCCAGGCUACUGGACAGCGUGUGGUUGCUCGUACACAGUUUUUGAAACGUCCAACUGUGCCAUCAUCACCCAAGCCCAUCCAAAUGGAAAGGCAUGUGGUGCGACCCCCUCCUGAUUCCCCAGAACCCGAUUCCCUACCCCUAGAUACCGGUUCAGACCAUGUAAUGCAGAGGGAUGUCUGGCUUGCCGUUUUCCAGCACCUUAGCCACAAGGAACUUUGUGUCUGCAUGAGAGUGUGCCGUACCUGGAGUCGCUGGUGCUGUGAUAAGCGUCUCUGGACUAAAAUUGAUCUGAGUCGUCGUAAAUCUAUUACACCCCCAAUGUUGAGUGGCAUAAUUCGGAGGCAACCAGUUACACUGGACCUUGGCUGGACCAAUAUCUCCAAAAAGCAGCUUAUGUGGCUUAUCAACCGUCUCCAGGGGCUCAAGGAGUUGAUUCUUUCUGGGUGCACAUGGUCUUCAGUUUCUGCUCUUUGCUCAUCUAGCUGCCCGUGUCUGAAACUGUUAGAUCUGCGUUAUGUUGAAGAUAUUAAGGAAUCGCAUCUCCGAGAGCUACUGGCGCCCCCUGUUGAUUCCCGACCAGGUCACAUUGACAGCAGGGGGCGGUUUCAGAAUGUAACUGAGGUGCGACUGGCUGGUUUAGAUGUCAUGGACAGCUCAGUGCGUCUACUUGUCCGGCACAUGCCCCACUUGACCAAAUUGGACUUGAGUCACUGUGGCCAUGUCAGCGACCAGGCCAUCAACUUGCUGACUGCUGCUAAUUCCCCACUGAGGGAAACCCUUACUGAAAUCAACCUCUCAGGUUGUGGCCGCCUGACAGACCAGUGCCUGCCACUUUUCAAGCGAUGCUCCAACUUGAUACGUCUUGACCUCCGCUCCUGCAAACAGGUCACUCAAGAGGCCUGUCAACGCUUCAUAGAUGAUACAGCUCCUUCUGCAUCCUUUUACUGCAUUGAGGACAAAUUGAUCCUGAAAAACAGCUAACAGAUCAUCAGAAGACCCACAUAUAAGAAAUUUAAUGAAUUAAGGGGCCAGCUGCAUGGAUUGUGUUGACACAUUUAUGCAGAACAAUAUGGGGAGCAGUGUCAAAACCCAGCUGUUGUGAGGAUACAAGAUAAUGCAUGAAUGGGUAAAAGUGAAAGCUUAAAAAAAUAAACAAAGCCCUAGGAAACGGGCACAAGGACAACGACAGAUCAGGCAUUCAGUUAUCUGGCAUACUUGCAAUGUGGUUAUUAUGGAGGAAAAGAGCUGAAUUAGAAAAUGCUCAGAGAAAGAUGGCAGUCAGUUUGUGAAGAAUUCGCUAACUGUAAUAGUGUGCAGACGAUUUCCUCUCCUCUUUUCUACGAUUUCUUUGUAUUUGGCUUCAGACAGUGUUGGGUAAUUUAAAACCCCAAGUUGGCCCGUGACAUUGUUGUCCUACACAAAAUAUAUAGUAUUAAGAAGUACCAGUAUAAAAUACUACUUAAUAACCUAUUAAAGAAUAAAAUAAGCCACCACACUUUUAGUGCACACAGUCUUCUACAUCAGCAUAUCAAAGGCAAAUUAAAGUAUUCAGAGAGUCUGUUAAUACUAAAUGUAAGAUGUGAAAUAUGAAUACAGAAUUAUAAUUUUAUUGCAUAUUUUUAAACCCAUCUGGACCCUCUUAAAAAAUUAUUUUGCCUAAAUAAAAAAACAGACAUUUAUUAUGAGGCCAUGUUUGCCCCUUAUACUUCUAUUCUGCAUGUGCUUUUUCCAUCUACCUCUCACACAAAAAGGCAGUGUGGCAUAGUUUCAGUCUAGUUAAAUACUUGCAAUGUAUUAAUUCAAGUAAUGUAUUUUUCUCCCCUAUUGAAUGAAUUUAUCUAACACUAGUUGCUCUGCAAUAAUCAAGCCAGCAUUAUGCAUAACUGCAAAACUUAGGUUUUGUCAUAUUUUGCUGGUGUGUACUUGAAAAAGUGAAAAGAGGUGUAUUUUUCAUUGCAGGAAUAUUUGAAAGUAUUUUAUUAUUAAAAAUCCUUUGAAAAUUCUGUUUUUCUUUGAGGCAAAUAGGUAAAGCUCAAUUCCGUAUAUUCUCCUGCUUAUCAUACUAAAUAAUUUCAACAUUCUGAAAAGAGUAAUUAAUCACACAUAUCAGUCGGGUGCUAACAUGGUCAAUUGUUUUUUUAGACCUUUUAUUUUAGUAAUUGAAAUUUAAGCAUAUCAGCAAGACAAUGUUUGGGAAGGUGUUCUCUUAUUAGAGAAUAUCAGAAUAUUGGAUCACAAAGUUUAAAAAUAAAAAUCAGCUACUUGUAUACCUGUAGCUGACAUUACAGAAACCUAGCUGUUCUGUUUCCUUAACUAAGCAGUGUUUUGUGAUGAACUGCAAGGAUAACAAACAAAAUAAUGUUCUGCCCCCUCAAAACUGUAAGAAUAGUUACUCCUUACUGUAUCAGCUAGUUAUUUAACACUCUUGGACAACUGUUUAGAUUCUUUUUCCACAGUUACUAAAUAAGCACAAGGGGUGUAGCUAGUCAUAUUUUUUUUUUUUCUAAACAAACACUUUUUUAAUAUUUACAAGACUUCGGGGUGUUUAGUGCUGUCCAUUGGGCUUCAGUUAUAUUCUGCCUUACUUUGUAUAUUUUGGAUAGUUUUAAAAUUAUUCCUCUUUGCCUUUUCCAAAGCAAUGUGUGAGAGCAAAUAACCUAACUGGAUUGCACCAUGCAAUCUAGAGCUUCACAUAAUUUUGGAGUCUUAUUUAUUUGUACUACCAUACACCUCAAGCUACACCCUUUGUAGAUGCCAUUCUGUUUUACAAGAGUUAUUUCAAACAAUCAAUUUUUAUAUAUUUUCAAAAGAGAAAAAAUUUGGGGAAGGAUGUGGUUUGUUUGCCUCUGAGAAUUGGAGUGCAACAAAUGUUCAGUGUAGACAAAAGAUGACGAAGAAUGUUUGUUAUUUUCAAAGCUGGUGGGAAAAAUAAGGAUUAAAUAUAUAAAAUGUGUGUGUGUAUGUAUGUGUGUGUGUGUGUAUAUACACACAUAUGUAAAUAUAUACAUAUAAAAGCACACAUAUUCAUACUUACUGCUGCUUGAUUUUUUUUUUUUUUUGCUAUGUCUUUGGACCUCAAGCUCUUAUGAAUGUUAUUGUUUUAAACUUCAUAGUUCAUUCCAUUCCUAAUUCAAGAAAAAGAAAAACUUCCAACAAUCAUGUCUGAUUAGAACAUCUGGCUGCCACUUACAGUACUUCCGUUGAAACAUACUUAAGAAUGUUCUGCCUUAUUCAGCCUGAUCUGUUGCUCUUCUGGAAAGACAUCAUUGUACAAGAUAAUGCACUGAACUUGAAUUGAACCGAACAAAGCUCUUCUUUACUUGCCAAAUUCCACGGCCCCAGUUGGGCUAGUUUCCUUGGUGGUGUUGUGUUUUUUUUUUGUUUUGUUUUUUUUAUUAUUAUUAUUAUUUUUUUGAAGUAAGUUUAACCACUCCUGUUUUGUGAGCAAAGACUUUGCAAUGAACAAAAAUAAAGGCAGCUACAAAGAGUAACUACUGUUAAAAAACAAAAAUGACAAUGGAACUUUUUAAAUGGAUGAAUGGUUACCUUUCAACUUCCCAGAAUCCACCACCGCUGCAACUCCAGAAAUCAGGCUGAUGAAAUAUUUAUUAUUUUGGCUGUGUUAGCUGGCUGUACAAGGCAGAUAAAGAUUUAAUGGCACUCCUCUGCACUUUUUUUAAUAUAUAAAAAAAACAUGUGCAUUGUCCUGUCAACUGUAAUCUAGAACCCAAAAGAGUAAGUCAGUGUUUGGUCUUUCUUUUGGCAAUCAAGAUAAUUCUACCAACCUAACCUGAUUGAUGCAAGCUCUGAUUGGAAUGCACGUGGGCUACUCCCAUUUUUUUUUUUAAUCUUUCAGUCUUGUGCAGACAGCUACAACAAUAACUGUGUAAAAAGGCUGUAGGAUGGAAUGCUUCAUUAUUUUAGCAGGAAUGUGUUACAUGAACGCCUUUCAGUCAAAGUUUUAAGUAAUAAUGAGAAAAAAAAUUUGUGAAAUUAAAAGUUGCUUACACAUUUAGUAUUUCAUUUGACUUCCCAUGUUACAGAGAACAGAUGAUGUGUGGUGACAUUGAACGAAGAAAGCUUUAAAUGUUGAUAUUUCAGACUGCAUAAUUAUUUAGAUGAAAACACGUAUGUACUGCUUUCUGGAAAGAGAUUUUAAGCACUCCAAUGCCCUCUCAGCUUUAAGUGGUACUACUCUUGUUUCACAAUAUUGUCAAUUACUUGAUAGGUGGUUUCUGACUGCCAGCUAAUCUUUACUUUUUAAAAAAGCAUUUCCUAAAAUAUACUUUUUUUUUUUUUUUUUUUUUUUUUUUACUUGUUAAAGCAUAGUCUUAAAUUGAUCAUGGUCUUACACUGUGUUUACUUUGCCAGAAGUUGUUCCUGAUUAUCCAUAUUCAUCAUAUUUCCUUCAGCUUUUGUUUGCAUAUGUUCAGUUUCAAUGUAUGAUUUAUAUUGAAUUAAACACAGAAAAUUAAACUACAUUUCAAUUGUGCUGUGAUCCAGCGAAUAGUAUAAUUGAUUUAUCAGAAGUAAACAUUCCAGUCCUUAUGCACAUUAUCUGAUCAUCCUGAUUUACUUGUGUCUAUCAUGUAAACUCUACUUUAGUUACUACCUUACAACUCUUUAAAUAACUUUGGGUUUGCAUUAUUGUGGUGCAGGUUACUAUGAUGAGCAGAGGUAAUCAGGAAUAAAAUAUUCAAGCCUGGCAUUGUUGGCAUAAGAAAUACAUCAGUGGCAGUUUAGGCAUUGCUGCCACAUCAUUUUUUAACAGCUUCAUUUUAAACUUGUUGAAGUAUUGAUCACUUUUGUUUUUUUUAUUCAUGUAAAUUUUAUAAGAAUUUUAAAUGAAUCAACAGUAAAAGUAUUGACAUUUUUGGAUUAUGCAUGUUGUGAUCAUCGUGUAAGCAGGAAAUUUAAUUUUUACCAAGAAAAAUCAGUUUAUAGUUGUCAAAUUCUAUACAAGAAAGCUGCUAUGAAUAGCAUUGAUCUGACAGUCGGUGAGUGAAAAGCCAAUAUGGAAGCCAUUUUUUCUCUACAGAAUCCUCUUCAGAAGUAUUGUUCCAAUGUUUUAUGAUCAUUUUCCAAAUGUCCUUAUUUAAUACACUUAAAAAUGUUUUGACAUCUUAAAUGUUUUGACUUAUGUGAUUAACUGAAUUUUUGUGUGCUAUUUCAACAUUAUCCCACAUCUGUGUUCAGAUGCAUGGAGCAAACAAAUGUGGAAAUGUUGGAAAAAGUUGCCAACUUUAUAGACUGUGAUAUUUUAGAGACUCCACAUACUCUCUUUAGUCACAUUGCCUGCACUCACCCAGUAGUUUAGUUUGUAAUUUCUAAAGCAGUGUUUCAGCUUGGUUCCACUUUCACAGACGCCACGUCUGGGAAAUAGUGUAAAACCAUGUGGGGUAUAUGAAAUGAAAAUCAAGUGUCUUCAUCUGUAAUCACACAGUUCUGUCUUAAGAGGUAACAAGUCUUGGAGACCUUUCUGUAUGAAAUUAUUGAAUAAUCGUUCUUCCAAUUCUGCAAAAAAAAGAGAGAAAAACAUCAGAGUGUAAAGUUAUACACAAGCAAAUAAUAAAAUUUAGGCUUUGAAUCUUA